UUGCCCGUUUUUCAUGUGUCUUUUGUUCAAGAGAAUGUGGUGGUCAUGUAGUCACUGGGCACCCUAACCUACGAGUAGUGUCAACUACGAGACGUAUUUCUAUUUUUUAGAUAAAUAAAACAAUAUAUUUUCUUAUUGUCAUUGCGUGCAGUAAACGUCUGUGGACAUUUUGUUUCAUCUCUCCAUCAUGAGCACUUCAAAGCGACAGCAAGAUGAACAGCAGAUUGACUCGCAACCUAUCAAGAAACCGAGGCUUCCUGAAUGUGACAGUAAUACUGAUGCCGAUGAAAGUGUCAUUGCCAAAUCAGUUAAACACGUCAAGUCCAAUGACUUAGAAGGAAACCUGCCAGAAGCUGUUCUUGAUAUUGACAUCAAACCCGACCAAGUGAAGGACAUCACGUCCAAUGACAAAAAAGUGAAACGUCGAAAGGUAGUUCUCUUACUUAGUUAUUCAGGAUGGGGUUAUUUUGGAAUGCAAAGAAAUCCAGAUACUAAAACUAUUGAAGGAGAUCUUCUUCUUGCAUUGAAGAAUGCAGGAGUUAUUACCGAUGAACAAUAUGACAAGCCUCAAUUGAUGCUGUUUCAGCGAGCUGCACGCACUGACAAAGGCGUUUCAGCUGUGAGACAAGUUGUUUCUCUUAAACUUCCUGAAGAGACUGACAUAAAUGCUAUAAAUAAAAAUCUUCCUCCACAAAUUAGAGUUGUUUCAAUGAAACGAACCACCAAAGGAUUUAACUCGAAAGUCAACUGUGAUGCUCGUACAUAUUCAUAUGUUCUGCCUACUUUUGCAUUCAUGCCUCCUGGUGGGGAGCUAGAGGAUUCCUUCCGAAUCUCCAAAGAAAUUAUUGAAAGGGUCAACCAAGUUCUCAAAAACUAUGUUGGGACUCAUAAUUUCCACAAUUUUACUCUGAAAAAAGGCUUUAAAGAUGCAAGUGCAAAGCGGUUUAUGCAUAGCUUUACAUGUGGAGAGCCAUUUGUACGAGACAACAAAGAGUACAUAAUCUUAACUGUGAAAGGUCAAAGUUUUAUGCAGCACCACAUCCGAAAAAUGAUUGGUCUUGCCAUAGCAAUUCUACGGGGUUACACAGUAGAGGGAACUAUACAGAAGGCAUUCUGUAGUGACCCAAUCGAUAUUCCCAAAGCUCCAGGAUUGGGACUGAUGUUGGAGGAAGUUCAUUAUGAAGCUUACAAUAGACGUUAUGGUAGUGAUGGAGUCCAUGAAAAAUUGGACUGGUCAAAACAUGAAGAGUUUAUUAAUGACUUCAAGGAAAAAUUUAUUUUACAAAACAUUCUCAAGACUGAGGAAGAAGAAAAAUCAAUGCUGUCAUGGAUGGCUACACUUUCAGGACAUAGCUAUUCUCUAAGAGAAGACAGACCCCCAACAUGUAUCCAGGUGCCUGAUAAAUCAAGUGUUCAGGCUGAAAAUGAAGAGAGCCCAACAGAGCAGGAAAGUAUAUCUGAAAAUGAUGUCAAAAUAUUCAAAAAAUUGCCACUCUCCAGCGAAACAGACCCUGAUCAAUCAAUAAAUGUUUCUGGAUAGAAGGUGUAAACUGCAGUAAAGUGUGACAAUAUUAUUUCAAAUUGAAUCUUUAUUAGCAUAAGAAUGCAGUACUAAUAAAAAAGUAAAAAUAUAAAAGAACAGAAUCAAAAGAAUAAAUGAAAUGAGCAUUUGGAA